AUGUCCGCUAUGACAAAGAAAUCUAGGAAGAAGAGGGAAUCGGGUGAAAAGAAGGAGAAGGAGCAAGAUCUGGUUGGGAAUCAAAGUGUGGAAGCAACUGCAAUGAAUGCGAAUCAGUUCCAGGUUCGUAGCCCUAAUUCUGCAUUAAAUGUGUCUGAAGAUCCUUUAAUGCAUGAAAAAAUCUGUAAUCAACGUGUAAUUGCUAUGGGAAGUGAUUUAGAUGAUGGUGGAAAUGAUAAUUAUGGGGAUUUGAAGCACAAUGAACAGAAGAAGCAGAGUGUUUGGGAUGGGAUAAAUGCUCAAUUGCUGAAUAACCAAGCUAAAAAGUUUCGAUUCAUUGAACCGAACAAAGUUAAUGAUAGUGAAGUUGGGAAGAUCAUGAAGGAGGAAGUGCAAAAGGAGAUUGAGUAUUGGAAACCAUCUGUGUUAUGCUAUGUUUUGGGGGCGAAUCCGCCACCACCAGUAAAGAGUACAGUCAUAGCUCCAAGGAAAGAUGCAAGCAACAGUGAGAAAGGGAUUCAGAUAUUGAAUCAGAAAGGCUGUUUGUUGGAAACUAAAUUGGAUAAGGAAAAGGUGGAGGAGUUGAUGAAGAGGAAAUGGAGACAAUAUGACUAUGUGGAAAAAAGUGAAGGAGGAAAUAAGGGAAGAAUCCUAUUAAUUUGGAGAAGAGAUGAGUAUAUUAUAAGGGUGGCUCAAAUAACUCAGCAAUAUAUCCACUGUUAUGUGAAGGAGGUGGGUGGAGCUAAAGCUUUCAACCUGACAGUAGUAUAUAAUGAAUACACUGCACAGAGAAUAGCAAAUGUUUGGGCAGAGUUAAGACAACUUAGCACUAAUGUGUGUGAAGAAUGGAUUGUUAUGGGGGACUAUAAUUGUAUAUUACAGAAAGAAGACAAGAUUGGGGGAGUGAAUGAAGUCAGUGCUGAUACAGAGAACUACAAGAAACUGGUUCAAGAGAAUGAAUGUAAUGCCUGCCGGUAUUUCAUAUCGCAAUGCUCUGCUGAUCAGGUGGGGAGAAGGAAUGCAGAAGAGUAA